AACCCACUCUACGGAGUUGCCCUCGCAAUCUUUUGUGAUCCAAAUGAUCUAUAUCGUGAAGCAUUACAAACAACGCCUGAUUCGGUUCAAAAUUUGUCAAACCGGCAAAAACGUUUAAGAUAUAUUUUUCCGGGAGCAAUUGGAGCACUAGAUGGAACUCUUGUACACGCAAUUGUGCCUGCUGAAAAGCAAACUAUUUAUAGAGGAAGAGGAGGGGGUCGGUGUUAUCAAAACGUUUUAGGAAUUUGUGAUUUCAACAUGAUAUUCACUUUUGUUUGGGCUGGUUGGGAAGGAAUAGCACAUGAUUCUCGAGUACUAACGCAAGUUGUAUUUAAUCCUAAUUACGGCUUUCCACUUCCUCCACAAGACAAAUAUUAUCUAUGUGAUGCUGCAUAUGCAAACACGCGUGGAUUUCUGGCUCCAUAUCGUAACACAAGGUAUUGGUUAGUAGAUGCAUCCACGUUGUGCAUUGACUAAAGAAGAAAAAUUCAAUCAUGCGCAUGCACAACUCCGAAAUGUGAUUGAACGUACUUAUGGUGUCUUGAAAGCAAGGUUUCCAAUCUUAGAACAUAUGGCUUCUUAUCCAUUUGCGAUACAAAGGAAUGUGGUGAUUGCCCGUUUUGCCGUUCAUAAUUUCAUUAGAAAGUCAAACAUUUAUGAUAAUUUUUUUGAUGAAUGGGAUGAUGACAACAUGGUCCACAAUGAAGCACAUGAGCAAGCUAAAGAUAUUGGAGAAGAA